AUGGGAAAAAGAAUAAAAUGUAAUAACGUUUCUUAUAUAAGAACUAUCAGGGGAGUUUAUAUCGGCAAAAUAGAAAACGGACAAAAGAAUGGAUGGGGUUUACAAAUAAAUAAUAACGGAAAUAAAUAUGAAGGUUUAUUUAAAAAUGAUGAAAAGUAUUUAUUUGGGUUAGAAUUAAUAUGUUGUUUGUGUGGUCAUACGUAUAGGAAUAAAGUUCCAAAUGGAAUAUAUGAAAAAGGUAAAAUUCAUUAUAAGGAUGUAAAUAAUAUUAGUGCUUACAAUAAUGAUGAUCAGAAGGACAAUAUUAAUCAUGAAAAGGUUUAUCAUGACAAUAUUUAUGACCAUAAUAUUUAUCAUAAUAAUAAAUUAAAUUUCCAAUACAGUAGUGAAAACGAAUUUGCCAAGGGAAAUAUCUGCGUCCAUGAAAAUAGAUAUAUUUAUAUAGGUACUUAUAAAAAAGGGAAAAAACACGGGAAAGGUAUUUUAAUUAAUUAUAAUAAUUAUUUUAUGUAUAGUUGUAUAUUUUAUAAAAACAAAAUUAUAUACGUUGAUAUGUUAUUUUCAAAUGAUCAAAAAUAUAUGAACAUGAAGAAUAUUGACAUGAAACAUUAUAAUACACAUAAUAAAAAAAAAAUUUAUUUAUUCUUACAAAAAGAAUAUAAAAACAAAAUUUUGGGAUUUAUAAAUUUUUAUAAACAUAUAACACACAAAAUAAAAAAGAAACAAGAAAAUGUUCAUGAUAAAAUCACUUUUUUAAAAUGUCUAAAGGAACUUUUUUUUGUCACACAUACAAAGAAAGAGAAUAAUCAAAUGGAGGGUAUAAUACAUACUUAUAAAAAGUAUACUAUUAAUAGAAAUAAUAAUACAUAUAAUAUUUUCAAGGAAAAAUUACAUAACAUAACACAGGGGGGAAAUAAAACACAACAUGAAAAUGUGAUACUUUAUAACAAAAGGAAAGAAAAAAAUAAAAGCACAAAUAUAACUAGUGAUGAAAAAAAAAUAAAUAAACAUACAAAUAUAACUAGUGAUGAAAAAAAAAUAAAUAAACAUACAACUAUAACUUGUGAUGAAAAAAAAAAAAAUAAACAUACAAAUAUAACUAGUGAUGAAAAAAAAAAAAAUAAACAUACAGCUAUAAUCAAUGAUGAAAAAACAAACAAACAUACAGCUAUAAUCAAUGAUGAAAAAACAAACAAACAUACAACUAUAAGUUGUGAUGAAAAAAAAAAUGGUUAUUUGUUUUUGUCAAAUGAAAUAAAAACGAAAUAUAGUAUGAUAGAAAAUAUGAAAAAAAAAAAAGAAAGUUAUACAAUGAUUAAUAAUAACAAAAAGAAAGAACAUUUGUACAACUUGAAAAGUAUGAUUUAUCAAGAAGUACAGUUUUUUCACAAUAAUUCAAUAUGUGAUCAUGAAAAUAAAAAAAAGAACAGGAAUAUUGAAAUGCCUUUUUUUUUAAAAAGAACAAACAAAAACAAUGAUAUUGAACAAUUGGUAUUAGUUAAAAAUGAAUAUAACAAAUGUUAUAAUAUAGAAAGUGGUAAGCAUGAUAUUAUUUAUAACAGUCAAAAGGAUAAAAUAAAAAAAGAUAAAUUAAAAGUACCUUUUUUUUUUAAAGAAAAAGGUAUAUAUAAUUUUUUUAAUAAAACUGUUGAAAACAAGGAAGAUGAAAGGAUUUUUGUCCAUGAACAAAAUGAUGAAAAGAUUUCUACUGACAAGGUAACAAAUGAUGUAAGAACAUAUGAUGUAAGAACAUAUGAUAUAAGAACAAAUGAUAUAAGAACAAAUGACAUAAGAACAAAUGACAUAAGAACAUAUGAUAUAAGAACAAAUGACAUAAGAACAUAUGAUAUAAGAACAAAUGACAUAAGAACAUAUGAUAUAAGAACAUAUGAUAUAAGAACAAAUGAUAUCCCAUAUAAUAUCAUACCAAACAAAAGAGAAACCAUUGUAGAUGAUAUAAAUAGUUGUAGUAAUAAUUUUACUACAAGAAGUAAUACAGACAACGCGAAUUCUUAUCAAAUGAAUAUGUAUAGUGAUAGUAAUAAUUUUUAUGGAAAUAAAAAGAAAAAAAUUAAAAAAAGGAAUAAUAGCAAAUGUGAAUAUUCUUCUAUAAUUAAGAAUAAAAACCAAUUAUAUAAUUACCAGUUACAUAAUUAUACAUGUGUGUGUAUAAAAUGCAAAACAAAAUGCUCCUCUUUUAAAAUAAAUAAACUUGAAAAAAAAAAAAAGGAAAGUUAUAAAUGCAAGAGGAAUAAAAAAUUAAAACAACAUGAUAAGAACUUGCUGUUUAAUAAUUACAUUUUUAAUGACAACUUUUUGGAUAAUGUGUUUGUUUUAAAACCUCCUAUGGAUGAAAAGGAAAAAAAAAAAAAUUAUGACAAGUUAAAACGUGAUACAUUUCCAUUAUUUUUAAGAAAAACCAAAAAAAAAAAAAAAAAAAAAUUAUUUCAAGCUCAGAAUUAUAUAUACUGGAACAUUUUUGAAUUAAAUUUAUUUUUUUUUUUGGUAGGGAUACCAAAAGAAAUAUUAGAGAUUUUUAUCUAUCAUCGUUUGGAUGGUUAUUGUUUAAAAUAUAUCGAUAAGAAGAUAUUAAAAGAUAUGAAAAUAAAAAAUAGAAUGAUGAGAAAAUAUAUAUAUUUAUGUAUACAAUAUUUAUUAAGAUUAAGAGAAAAAUAUAAAUAUAAGAAGAAAAGUAAUAGUAAAUUAAAUGAAAAAAUAAAUGAAGAUUUUAUUUUAAAGAAAGAACAAUUACACAUUUUAAAUUUAAUAGGAAGAGGAGGUUAUAGUAAUGUAUAUAGAUGUAUAUAUGGUAAUAAAAAUAUAUUAAGAAUAAAUAAAUUUUUUGAUAUACAUUAUAGUAUUAAUAAUACAGCAUUAAAAAUAUUUUUAAAUAAAAAAAAAAAUAUAUUAGAAUAUUUUACAGAAUUAUUUAUUGUAUCAAAUUUAAGACAUCCAAAUGUUACAUUAUUUUUAGGAGCAAUAAAUAAUCCAAGAGCUAUAGUAUUAGAAUAUAUUCAAUAUGGAACUUUAUUUGAUAUCUUACAUAAAUAUAAAAUUAAUAUGAAAUUACAAGAUAUUAUUAAAAUAUCUAAAGAUAUAACAGCUUUUAUGGCUUUUUUACAUAAUAAAGGUAUUAUGCAUUGUGAUUUAAAAUCUUCAAAUAUUUUAAUCUCCAUAACAAGAGAUAUCAAAAUAUGUGACUUUGGAUUAUCUGUAUUUAAUAAAUAUAACAAGCCUAAAUAUCUUGGUAUUGUAGGGACUUAUCAAUGGACAGCUCCUGAGGUAUUAAGAAGUGAAGGAUAUACAAAAGAAGCUGAUAUAUAUUCUUUUGGAGUUAUAUUAUGGGAAAUGAUUCAUAGAAAAAUUCCUUUUAGUGAUAUGAAAAAUCCUUUAGAUAUUAUUGCUCAUGUUGGAUAUGCUAAGAAAAAAUUAAGUGUAACAAAUAAAAAUAUCCCAGAACAAUUAAGAUAUAUAUUGCAUUCAUGUUUACAUAAAAAUACGCAUAAGCGAAAAUCUUUUUUAUUUUGGUCUGAAUAUUUUGAUUUGUUAUAUAAUGUUACAGAUAUACCAAAGGAGUAUUACACCAGUUUUUUUUUUGAUUAG